GAGCCAGCGUGAUUUGGGAUGAGGGGGGGCGCAGCCUACUGUCUGAAACUUACAGGAGAGGAAAAACCACUAAAAUGACAGACGGCAACGAUUUUAUCGCACACAUCUCUCAGCCACCCGCCCUGACAUCCUUAACCGCGGCCCUGUGAGGACUUUGCGGGUCAAACUGAAGAUCGAUGAAGCCAACAGCAACCUGAGGAUAAUGCCAGAGAACGGAUGAGAACUACUGCAGCUGGGCUGAGCAGCGCUGGAGAAAAGACAGAAUGGCUUUUAUCGUCAGACCAGAGCUCCGAGCCGAGCGUGUGCCGGACGUUUAAGAGGUUUAAGAGUCCCCGGUGAUCCUCGAGCCCGCCAAGUGCUCCGUUAUCUCCGUUAUUCGGCAGUGAGGUUUUGGCGCAUUGGAGCUCCGGCCGCUGGAAUGUCAGCCGCUGCAUAGCGGAGGGCGAGAGAACAUGGGAGAGGCGGCCGAGGCCAGAGAGGCCAAGGAGGCCAGGAAGACCUUCAUCGUCCCGGCCAUCAAAUCCUUCGACCACUAUGACUUCGCAAGGGCUAAAAUAUCGUGCAGUUUGACGUGGCUCGUGGCCAAAGCCUUUGGGUCAGACAGCAUCCCGGCAGAGCUGGAAGACCCGUUCUAUAAGGAUCAAUAUGAGCAGGAGCACCUGAAGCCCCCAGUGGUGUCUCUGCUGCUGUCUGCUGAGCUCUACUGCAGGGCUGGGAGUCUGAUCCUGCGUAGUGAUGCAGCCAAACCCCUACUUGGUCACAAUGGGGUCAUCCAGGCCCUCGCACAGAAAGGACUGUAUGUCACUGACCAGGAGCGACUUGUCACCGAGAGAGACCUCUGCAAAACACCUAUCCAGAUGAGCUCCCACCUGGCGAUGAUUGACACUCUAAUGAUGGCAUAUACGGUGGAGAUGAUCAGUGUGGAGAGAGUGCUGAACUGUGUACAGAAAUACUCACCUUUCUUCCCUGAGGAAGACUUCCCUUAUGAUGCAGAAGAGGCUGUGACCACCUGGAUUAACAAGGUAAAUGAGUACUUGAGAGAGAUCCUGGCUCAAGAGCAGACAACAAGAAAUACACUUGAGGUCAAACCUACAACCCAAAAGACACGGUACAAGAGGGAGGACUCUAAAGUGCAGGCUGCACUCUGUCUCCCCCUGGUGGACAAUCUAUUGAAGGACAACACAGAUGGCUGUGCUCUGGCUGCAUUGCUGCAUUUCUACUGCCCCAGUGCAGUUCCACUGGAAGAUAUCUGUGUGAAGGAGACGAUGUCAUUGGCCGACAGCCUCUACAACCUACAGCUGAUCCAAGACUUCUGCAGGGAGAAUCUGAACAACUGCUGCCACUUCACUCUGGAGGACAUGCUCUAUGCCUCCAGCUCCAUUAAGGUAAGAGACAGAGAAAUGCACACAAACACACAUUUUACACAGCUGCGUAGUGGAGAGCUUAUACUUAUGAAAGGUAAAGUUUGAGUCUUGAAACCUGUUUGUGGACUGACUGUGUGGACUGGUAAUGGAUUGCUUCUUGAUAGCAGUGUCUGAAGAGCUUUUUGCUGAUGGCACAUUCUUUAAUAUUUAGUGACAAUGUUGGGUUAGGUGUUGGAGUUAAAAAUAAGCAAAUGCCAUCUGAUAUUGUGAAAAAUCUAGCUUGUGAUAUUUUGUCUUUUUAUUUUGUACUUUUUUUCAGUUUGAGCAUUGUAACAUUUUGAUUGCCAACUUAAUGGGGAAUUCCACCAUUCUUCCAUUUUUUUUUGUUUCUCCCUACUUCAAUCAAAGUUAUUAUAUGUUAUGAUAAUAAUGGUAAAUAAAAAAAAACUGUUUGGGUACUAUUUUGCCUUACAGUGCCCUGCUUAUACCUAUCUACAAUGUAUUUAAAAAUGUGUUUUAGGCCAAACUGUAUCUCAGAACUAUUGUAAAUCAGUGUAUCAGGCAUCAGGAAGUGUCUUCAUAACCUUUUCAUGUAAUAACUUUCUGUGAUGUAGCUUUCAGCAGCAUUAAAUGCUUAAAAUGCCUCUGGUUCCUAUCACCAACAUUGUGAACAAUUCGGACCUUCUGU